CUCCCUCCGCUCCGCCGCCGGCGCUGGCAGCCGCCGGGAGCUCCCGGUACCGGCCCCGGCGCGGGCCUGCGGGGAGCCCGUGCCCUCGGUCCUGCGGGGGACUGGCGGAUUCCAGCGGGAAAAGCCCUACACCAACAACCCAGCACCAACCACCCGCGGCCGUCGGGCCGGAAGGGAAUUGCAAAAUCCCGGGGCCGGGAUCGCCAGGAGCUUGGGCUGCGUUUGGGGUCGGUUCCCGGCGCUUUCCGGCACCCGCCGACUGCUGUUUUACCCACAGGAGCGCCGGGAAAAGUCGCUUUGGAUCGAUUUCCUCGCUGGCAGCAACGUCUUUUCCUCUUGGAAAGUGAAACUGCGGGAUCAGCGUCCCAGCGAGCGAAAACUUGCGAGGAUAUGGCCGAGCUCGGCUCCGGGUCCUGCCGGGGGUUACAUCCCGCGGGAGCGACGGGAAUGCUGCUCGCCUGACCGGGGAAUGGUGUUCUUAACCGGGGCGCCGGGAUCGGGGGGUCACUUGGACACACGGACAUUGGCGACACCUCGAAGGGGGUUUCUCCAGCUUUUCCUGUUUCCCUGAGGAGCCGGCCGAGCCCUUUCCCAUUCCCACAGCGUGUGGGGGUUUUGGCUGCUGUGUGUGCCCCCGGGCCCGGCCAUGGCGUUGAAAGCCAGAGCUCUUUACAACUUCCAGAGCGAAAACAAAGAGGAGAUCAGUAUCCAGGAGAACGAGGAGCUCGUCAUCUUCAGCGAGAACUCCCUGGAUGGGUGGUUACAGGGUCAGAACAGCCGCGGGGAGACCGGCCUCUUCCCAGCCUCCUACGUUGAAAUCCUCCGCUCCCGGUCCGGCUCCAACUACACGGAUUACUCCAGCAGCCCGGCCGGCUCCCCCGGGCACGACUCCUCCUUCUACACAGCGCCCUCCAACCCCAGCAUCCCCUACCAGGGCAGUUUUGAGGAUGAUGAUGAUGAUGACUGGGAUGACUGGGACGAUGCGUGCACGGUGGUGGAGGAGCCCCGGAGCGCGCCGGGCACCAACGGGCACCCCUCGCCCAGCCUGCAGUACCCCCCAGCUUAUGGGCACGACCAGCACACCGGUUACCGUCCCAAGCCGGCGCUGGAGCGGCAGGACAGCAUGAGCUCCUCCAAGAGGGGCAGCGUGGUGGGGAGGAACCUGAACCGCUUCUCCUGCUUCGUCCGCUCGGGGGUGGAAGCCUUCAUCCUAGGGGACGUGCCCCUCAUGUCCAAGAUCGCCGAGGUGUACUGCAUCGAGAUGGGCUCCAAAGGACCCCAGUGGAGGGCCAACCCUCACCCCUUCAUCUGCUCCGUGGAGGACCCCACCAAGCAAACCAAGUUCAAGGGCAUCAAGAGCUACAUCUCCUACAAGCUGACCCCCAGCAACAUCAACUCGCCCGUGUACCGGCGGUACAAGCACUUUGACUGGCUCUACAACCGCCUCCUGCACAAGUUCACGGUCAUCUCGGUGCCCCACCUGCCCGAGAAGCAGGCCACCGGGCGCUUCGAGGAGGACUUCAUCGAGAAGCGCAAGCGGCGGCUCAUCCUCUGGAUGGACCAUAUGACCAGCCACCCCGUCCUCUCCCAGUACGAGGGCUUCCAGCACUUCCUCUGCUGCCGCGACGAGAAGCAGUGGAAGCUGGGCAAGCGCCGGGCGGAGAAGGACGAGAUGGUGGGCGCCAGCUUCCUCCUCACCAUCCAGAUCCCCACGGAGCACCAGGACCUGCAGGACGUGGAGGACCGCGUGGAUGCCUUCAAGGCCUUCAGCAAGAAGAUGGACGACAGCGUCCUGCAGUUGACCAACGUGGCCUCGGAGCUGGUGCGCAAGCACGUGGGGGGCUUCCGGAAGGAAUUCCAGAAGCUGGGCAAUGCCUUCCAAGCUAUCAGCCACUCCUUCCACAUGGACCCGCCUUACAGCUUGGAUGCCCUCAACAAUGCCAUCUCCCACACGGGCAAGACGUAUGAGACCGUGGGGGAGAUGUUCGCUGAGCAGCCCAAGAAUGACCUGUUCCUCAUGCUGGACACUCUCUCUUUGUACCAAGGGCUCCUCUCCAACUUCCCAGACAUCAUCCACCUCCAGAAAGGCGCCUUCGCGAAGGUGAAGGAGAGCCAGCGGAUGAGCGACGAGGGCCGCAUGGACCAGGAGGAGGCGGACGGGAUCCGCAAGCGCUGCCGCGUGGUGGGCUUCGCGCUGCAGGCCGAGAUGAACCACUUCCACGAGCGGCGCGUGGCCGACUUCAAGAGGAUGAUGCAGUCCUACCUGAAGCAGCAGAUCAUCUUCUACCAGCGCGUCAGCCAGCAGCUGGAGAAGGCGCUGCGCAUGUACGACAACCUCUAACGCCUCCGCUCGCUCCCCCACGGCCUCGCAGACCUCCUCCGGUUGGGACGGGCUGAGACCCGGUGGGAACUCAUCACGCUAGUGACCAAAUACCUGUGGGCUUUCUUCCCCCCCUUCCCGGGUGGGCAGGGAAGGGCUCGCCCACGGGCUGGAUGUGCCACCUCUUUCCAUGGGGACCUCCCACCCUGCCGUGAGUGGUGGGGACUGCGGGGGUGUCACAAGAGAGAUGGAUGUGCUGGUACCUCCGGUGAUGUUUAGCUUUCCCCAGCCCUCCCUCCUGCAGCAGGGAGGUGAGCGCAUCCCAGCCCGCUGGGAUAGAAGAAAUCCAAGCGGUCGACAUUUUGCACACUCCAAGCUUUUCUGAUGGAAAGAAAACCAGAAGAAGAAGAAGAUCUUUAUAUGGAAGAGAAUGAUUUCUUGUUUUGUUUCUUUUUGUCACGAGAGGUUUUCGAUAUUUUCCAUUUUUCGCAAAUGUUUCUGCAGCAUUUUUACCAAUCACUUUUUAAAUAGAAGCACAGAGGCCGAGGGCACCUCUUUGUUGUCUGGGAAAAGGGAGAAAAAACAACAAAAAGGGAAAAAAAAACCCAGCCCCAAAGCCUUUUCAAUAAAAUUGUCAGUAGAAAAAACCCC